GUGACGUUUCACAGCCUAUAUAAUCUAGGCAUAUUGUUUCAGUGCAUAGUGGAAUAUCCUGAUUCAGCUGAGAAACAUCAGAUCAUGGAAGUCACAUCUCAACCUGCUGCAUUUGAACCCCGUGAUUUUCACAGCGACUUAAUGAGCUGCUGUGACGAUAUGGGUGUAUGUUGCUGUGGCUUCUUUUGUCUCCCUUGUUUGGGCUGUUCCAUUGCUAAGGACAUGAAUGAGUGCUGCUGCUGUGGUUUAGGCAUGCCGAUCCGAAGUGUAUACAGAACUAAAUACAACAUACCAGGAUCCAUGUGUAAAGACUGGAUGAUCGCGUACUGCUGCUUAAGUUGUGCAGCCUGCCAAAUGAGGAGAGACAUCAAAAUAAGGAAGAGUAAUGGAACACUGAAACCAUGAGAAGUGAAACAGAAGCACUACAGUCUACCUGUCUAUCGACACUACUGGCGAGUCCUUACGUAUUACUCUUGGAAAUUAAAGAUGAAAGAAAAUUGAAAUGUAAUCAAAAUGUCAUGUAGUUUAAUUAAGCUAAAAACAUUCAGUAAGUUUGGAGGGUUAUAAUAAUAAAAUGUAGUUUAAAAGAGGUCCAGUGGUAUAACUAGCACAUUGCUGAUUAUGUGAUAUUAGUAGGUCUAUAUUGUCAGUGUAAUCUGUUGGUUGUGUUGUGAAAUGUAUACAUGCUUAUGGAAACCAUUAAAGA